AACAAUCUUGACAAUUUUUAAACCUGAUGACAGGCGUGUUUGGUCUCCAUGUCUAGUUCCGCCUGUGACAAAGAGAGCACACAUCUUUUGUGACAAAGGAAAUAGUGAAGACUGUGUGGUUCUGUUGGAGAGAAGUUGAUGAAACAGCGUAUGGACUAUGCAUAGAAGACCAACAGGUGGGCUAGCUAUUACUUACUCAAUUUCCACUAGUUCAGGUGGGAAAUGGAUAUCACACCGGGAAGUCUGACAGUCGCUGUGCUUGGCAUCUUGGCGCUUCUCUUUCACCCAACAUUCUGCCAAGAUCAACUGACGGUCCUUCCUGGUGACGUCACUUUUGGCGGCCUCUUGGAUGUCAACGAGCUGGAAAAUGGCGCCUGCGGUAAAUUCAGCCCGCAAUCAAGUCAGGAAGUCGUCGCAGUCACGUGGUUUCUGCAAUCACUCAACAACAGGAACUACAUUCCUGGGGUCAAAAUAGGUUUCGACGUUUUCCGGACAUGCGCAAUUACUGAGAGAUCGGUCGAUGGGGCUUUGAAACUCGUUACUGACUACAGAGUUGGAGCUGCAGUCAGCCCCCCAAAAAUUUUGUUUGGUCUGCUAGGACCAGACGGGACUGAAAGCGCUAUGUACACGUCAAGAUGUCUGAGUUCUCUUCCUCACAACAAGCGCCUCUUGCAGGUCAGCGGGUCAGCCACGGGUAUGGAGCUUAGCAACAACGCUCUCUACCCCAACUUCUUUCGAGUGAUUCCAUCCGACAGCACCCAAGUCAAGGUGCUGGAACAGCUGCUUGUACAGCUGGGAUGGAAUUACAUUGCCAUUGCUUACGACGACGACAACUAUGGACGCUCUCGUGCAGAAGAACUACGGCGACUGGCAAAGAACAGAAAUAUUUGUGUACCUGUGUACCAGACAAAUUUACAAUCCACCACGGGUAGAAUCGUACCCAUCACACGUGGAGCGCUCGUGACGUCACCGCCUUAUUUCUCGUUGCCAGAAUUUCAGUCAUUUUGGAACGACCUUUGGACAAAUCAAACACUUUUCACUGAUUAUGCAAGAAGAAUUCCUUGGCUGGCGGGAUUGUUUCAGCAGGUGGCUCAGUGUGACUUCACACAGUCUGACUGCUGGGAUAGGAGAAGGCAGGAUGUCUACAGCGUGGAGAAGACUGUGAGUCUGUACACGGGGUAUCACUUGAAAGCAGCGGCUGUUCUGGCAGCUUUCUUGAAGCAACAACACACGGCAAGGUGUUCAGGUUCAAAUACCUCGCUGUGCCAAGAUUUGAUUAAACUGAUAUCAGAUCGUACCUCCCUACUGCAAACGUUGAAUGACUCUGUCAUUUUACUUAGCGAGUUCAGGAAUGAGAUUUCAGAAUUUGCCAAUGUUACAGUUACAUUCGAUGAAAAUGGGGAUAUCAAUUAUCGGGACAAAAACUAUGCUGUCUACAAUGUUCAGGAAGACAACAGAGACUUAAUUUUCAAACAGGUAGCGACAUACGCAGACGACAAGCUAACGAUCAGCGAGUCUGACACAGUUUUCUAUACUGAAGCUGGGUCACCUUUGACCUGGGCACAACGACCGCUCGCUCAGUGUGACGUCAACCACGACUGUCUUCAGUGCGUCAAUGACGUCGCUAAUGACGUCGUCUUCAUGGAAGGAUAUUUUUAUAUCGUUGGCAUUCUGCCAAUACAUGAGAAAAGCACUCAGUCGGCCCUGAAAUGCCACAGGAUCAAAACCAUCACAGGCGCGGACUUAGCCGAGUCCUUGAUUUUUGCAGUGAAACAAAUAAACAAAAAGGAAGGAAUGUUUAAGGACAUCUUGCCAAACCGUAGGAUUGGCCUGCUGUUGAUCAACUCCUGCAGUAGUCCACUGCUUGUCCGACAGCGUCUUCUGGACCUGCACUCGGGUCGCUUGGUGCUGCCGGACAACAGCAACCGCAACAGCAGCUUUUUGCUAGCGAAUAUUAUGGGAUACGUAGGCGCCUUUUUCAGUGGCGACAGCAUGGCGGCAGCAGACACCUUGAACGACGUUGGGAGACCGUUUGUACAAGUGAGUGCUGGCUCCACGUCUCCUUACCUCAGUGACAGAAUAAAAUAUCCUUACUUCAUGCGUCUGGUGCCAUCAGACAACGUGCAGGCGCAGAUCCUUCUGGACUUGGCGGUGAAACUAAACUCUAAUUAUAUCCAGAUCAUUUACGACCAGACGACGGAGUACGCCAAAGGACUCGUGCAGAAGGUUGAAGAAACGUUGGCACAAAACUACGCCAACGUCUGCAUCGCUCAGAAAAUCCCAAUCACUCCUAGGAGGGAGGUCAGCGAGUACAAGUGGAUCAAGGACGAGCUCCGUAAGAAGAGUUCUGCCAAGCUGGUCAUUGUCGUCCUGUAUGACGUAGAUAUUGCAAAGGUCAUGGACGCCAUCCUUCCUGACCUCACACCUGAUGACAAUUUCCUGUUUCUGGGCACUGAUUCGUGGGGGAGACACCAAAACCUCAUCGAAGGCAAGAUUAAAUUAGAAGGUUCUCUUGUCCUGACGCAAGAAGUUUCAAACGACUUGUCCUUUGCGUCUUAUUUUAAGUCAGUGAACCUCACACAAACAGAAAAUAUUUGGCUCAGAUACUUCUUGGAGGCUAGAAAAAACUGUUACUUCGACAAAAGCUUUGAAAGAAAAGGUAAAACAGGACUUUGUCCUGCCGAUGUAGCCGCUGAUUAUGUUCAAGAUCCCAUCGCUUCACUUCACAUCCAAGCUGUGAAUGCCCUCGUACUGGGCUUCAACGCGACCUUAAACCAGCUAUGUGGACCUGUCACAAAUCAGUUGUGCAGUGCUUUGACCUCGGAGGAGCUUGUCAAGGCGUUAAAGAAGAUUCGUCUGGAUCUUUACAACAAAGGGGAGCGCGCGGAGGUGUUUGAUGACAACGGAGAUGGGCUGGUGGGCUUCACGGUCCUGCAGGUGACACGAGACAGGACGUCUGUAGUGGAUGCUGUGGAGUACAGGGAAGUCGGGUCAUGGACUCAUCAAACGCUCAUCUUAGACGAAAGGAAACUAACUCCACCUGGUGGUGAAAAGUUUUCUUCGGUCUGUCCGAAUCAGCUCGAAUGCAGCGCGUGUUUCAAAAGAACUGAACAAACGCAGUCUAUGGCUGCUAGCACCAAUGAUGACAACACCAACACACCGGUGAUCUUAGGGGUCAGUCUUGCCUUUGUCGCCAUUGUCAUCGUUCUUCUUGUCUUCGUCAUUUAUCUCUGGCGUCGCUUGAAGUUGAAAGGUAGGGAAGGAAGGACCAUCAGAUACAUGACAGGAGUUGGAGGCUGUGGCAUCUCCACUCAGCUGUCAACCUCUUCCGGGUCAGGUCACAACUCAGUGAGGCAGAGUCAUCUGAACACUACGAUUAUCUCAGAAACUCAGAAGCUCGAGGAUAUUCUAAUGUUCCAAGUCUUGCUGCUGGAGACAAGCCUGCCGUUAGCUGUGAGACGAACCUCCCGACUCCAGUCUGCAAAGUUUCGGCUCAGAAAGGAAGUUCGGGAUACCUUACUCCUAAUUACUAAAGUUUUUUUGUGUCAAAAUAGAAUUUUUUUUUUCAGACUUAUAACACACUUCUUUAUUUAGUCCUUUCGUAUCUCGCUCGGAGCUGGGCUAUGUAUUAUUGUUUGAAAUCAUCGAAAUAAAGGUUAAUUCUCUGUUGCUGGCUAUUCAAUACUGCCAAAUGAGACUUUGUGGUCUAAUAUAAGAAGUAAAAAUGCAAUAAAUAUUAUUCCAUCCUGUAAAGUAUAUUUUCUGAAUUAUUGUUUUUUGCAUAUUUUGCGCAUUGUUCUGAUCACUCAGUUGACUGAUUUGUGUUAUCUGAUGAUCCUUUUUGUACAGUUUUUCUAAAUUUUUAAAAAAGAAUUAUUUUCAUGAGUAGUUUAUUCUGACCAGGUAUUGUUUCGUGCUCAAGAUAAACACUAGGAUCUUAAUACCUCAUAACUUUUUUAUUUAGUUAGUCUUUUCUUAAAUCAUCGACGUUUAAACCAGAAAACGUGUUAUUGUUAUUGAAACCCAAAUUACUUAAUAAAAUCAGUUCUUGCUUAUUUUCGGUUAGGUGGUCCGGUGGUGCAACGGUUAGCGCCUGUCACCAAAACAGUGAAGGUUGGCUGUCCUGGGUUCAGCUCUCGUUUCGGGCACGCUGUUCUUUCUCUGCACGUGGCAUCUGUUUACAGGG